AUGAGGACAAAGAAGAAGGGCUGGAUACCGCCCGCUUCAGACAUCGACUACGAGAUUCUUCGUUUGAAGCGAAGCCGGGUAGCUGGCGAUGCGAAAGGACAUUCGUGCGACAAAUGCAGCGGUCUGUGGAUCAAGCCAUUACCCGAGCCCGAUCAACAGGUUCUGCGGAAGAUUCGAUGGCACAUGGACACCACCAAAGCAAAGGCUCGAAGUCUCGCCGCAUCAGGCUGCAGUUUCUGGGCCAUUAUUCAGCAACGAAUUGACUAUGAGGACUUCAAGGUCGUUCUGGAGCAGCAAUGCAAUAAGUUCCCAGAUGACCAGUUCAAGUACUCAAGAUGGCAAAAAGAACACUACGAGGCGCUUGCUGAAGUCCCGGAGGAUUUCAUUCGAGUUCUGCUAUCGUAUGCAGAUGUCAACGAUUUCAACUGGGGAGGCUUCGAUGAGAGGUCGGCGAAGGUGGAGCUUGACCUGCUGUUGCCCUCGAAUCCAGCGGGAGUUCGAUAUGGGAGUCACCGAUGGAUGUCUCAUUGGGUCACUUUUCUCCUUUUGGGACUCCCUGGUGACUUUGGCGACGUAAGACAAACGUACGUCGGAUCGCCGGUCAACCUGAGCCCUGGGAAUCCUGAUUCGAUGCAACUUUCUAGGCACUGGCUGAAAAGGUGUGAGACGGACCAUGGGUGCGGCAUCAACAGCUUGCCGUCUGCCAUGCCGUCUUUCCUUCUAGAUGUUUCCGAUCCAAACCAAGUCAGCUUGGUUACCGUAUCAGCUUCCAUGAGAGAGCGAUACGUGGCACUAUCAUACUGCUGGGGAGUAGGGGAACAGAAGACCAUGUUGAAGAAAGCCAAUAAAUCCAGCCUCCUAUCAGGGAUCAGCCUGACUUGUCUCGACCCGACCGUCAGAGACAGUAUUCAAGUCACUAGAGAGCUUGGUCUGCAGUUCAUCUGGAUCGACGCAUUAUGUAUCAUCCAAGAUGACAACACCUUCAAGGCAAAGGAGUUGGGGAAGAUGGGCAACAUCUACCAAUGCGCUACUUUCACCAUCAUCGCAUCCGCGGCAAAAGAUGUCACUCAGGGGUUCCUCAACAAACGAACUCCCACGGCGGAGAGAAUAGCGGGAAUGACCCUCGAGACCCAGCCUGCCUUCAGCAUCGAAGCUCGUGGGAAAAGGGGGAAGACCAUGGUCAAGAGACCUGUCUUGCUCACGCCUUCCCAUCGCGAGUCCAUCGAGCCCUGGUACAGAAGAGCUUGGACUUUCCAGGAGUUUCUGUUUUCACGACGCAGACUUCAGUACAACGGGAAUCAGACGACAUGGACCUGCUACUGCGGAGACACAGUCGCCCAGGAAUGCGACGGCUGGGUGGGGGGCAAACCGAAUACUCACCCGGGCCUCAUUUACAUGGACCAAGAGGUAUUCGCCACUGCUAUGGAGAUACUGGGACAAAAGAAGAGCAGCCAAAAGUCGGUCUCGGCGUCUGAACUUCUAGAGUUGUGGUACAACCUUGUGAGCAGAUACAGCGAGCGAAACUUGACAUACCAGAGCGACCGCCUUCCUGCUAUAUCAGCUAUAGCACAGGAGAUCGCGUCGCUCCUCAACGAUCAGUACAUCUGUGGCCUUUGGGAGUCUGACUUUCUGUAUGGUCUGUUGUGGUCCGAUGGAGAUCCUGGCGCGGACAAGUCGAAGCGUGGACCCCGUCCCACCAGUAGACCAAAGCCCUCAUGGACCUGGGCAUCUCAUGAUGGUGAAGUCGCGUGGACUAAUGUGCACCUGGAAAAGACGAAAGACAAGUACUUCGAGAUACUGCACAGAGAUGUCCAGCUUAAAUCUCCAGACGCCCCAUUUGGCGAGGUCACUAAGGGCGAGCUCAGGGUGCGAGGGCUGAUGCGAUCUAUCCCGCUACCAGCUGACAAAUGCGCCUGGGUUAGCCCGAGCGGCCGUUCAAUGAUGAUAGAAGACCAUGAGAUCAUGGUUGAGCUUGACGACGACGAUGAUGCUAGGUUGAAGCCUGGAGCCCAGACAAAGUUGAGUUUGUUGGUCGUGGCUUACACGGGCCGUACAAUAAUUGAGGGGUUAGUAGUGAUGGAAGAUGGAAGUGGUAGAGACAUGAACAAGGGCGAAGGUAUCCGUGUUGGAUGGUUUCAUACAGAGAACUCGCAGCCAGGAUUCAGCGAGUCGAAGUCAGGCGAGGAUGAAGAGAGGGCGCGAGAAUACCGAAAGCGGUUGAGAGCGCUGUGGGGUAGAAAAAAUAAUGUUCGUGAAAUCGUGUUGCUCUAG